GUCCUCUCUCUCUCUCUCUCUCUCUCUCUCUCUAGCUCUCUCUCUCAUACAUUUUGAAGCUCCUCUUAUCUUAUAGAAAUUUUGGGUUUUGUAUUUGUACUUAUAUGUAUGGAUUUGAUGAGUUUUUUCUUGGUAUUAGCAACUAUCAAGCAAAAGUCAUCUCUCAAAAAUGAAGAAUAUUGGUGACUGCAUGUAAGGAGGCCUGCAGUACUGAAGAUGAGAUAUGGUGGAAACUAUAUACUAUGUGAGAGCUGAAAUUCAUAUUAAUUGCUGAAUUUCAUCACUAUCUCCUUUUUUUUUAACUUCCUAAAUUAGGGUUUGCAUUCGGAUCUCAAGUAGAAUACAGUCACAGUUGAAGAAGUUGGUUUGUGGCUCAUCCUUGUUCUCAUCCACAAAAACCAGUGAAAUUAUCACUAUAUAUAGAGAGAGAGAGAUCUAGAGUACUACAGAGAGAAGGUGAUGAUGAAUGAUAUGAUUUUAGAUGACAAUAUGUCAAAUUUGACUUCUGCAUCCAAUGAUGCAAGUUUAUCUUCAAGCAACAGAAAUGAAAUUGGUUCCAUGUACCCUCAACAGUCUCUUGCAUCACCAAAUCAACCACCACUACCACCAAAGAAGAAGAGAUGUCUUCCAGGAAAUCCAGAUCCAGAUGCAGAUGUGAUAGCUUUGUCCCCGGGAACUCUUAUGGCAACAAACAGAUUCAUAUGUGAGAUCUGUAGCAAAGGAUUUAAGCGAGAUCAGAACCUUCAGCUUCACAGAAGAGGGCACAAUUUGCCAUGGAAGUUGAAGCAGAGAACAAACAAAGAUGAGGUGGUGAAGAAGAAGGUGUAUGUGUGUCCAGAGCCUACAUGUGUCCACCAUGACCCUUCAAGGGCUCUUGGGGACCUCACUGGGAUCAAGAAGCACUUUUCCAGAAAGCACGGCGAGAAGAAGUGGAAGUGUGAAAAGUGCUCAAAGCGUUACGCUGUUCAGUCUGAUUGGAAAGCUCACUCCAAGAUUUGUGGCACUAGAGAGUAUAGAUGUGAUUGUGGUACCCUUUUCUCUAGGAGGGACAGUUUCAUUACUCACAGAGCCUUCUGUGAUGCUUUAGCAGAAGAGGGUGCAAGAACAAUCUCAACAAACCCACUCCUCUCCUUACAACCAGGCACUUCAUCACCCCUUUUCAACCUUCAACCUCAACUCCACAACCAUGGCUUCCAAGCAUUUUCACUGAAAAGAGAACAUGAAGACCAACAACAACAAAGUUUCAACUUAAGGCCAGACAUGAACCCACCAUGGUUAGCUGCUUCUUCAGAUCCCCCACCUAUGGAAUUGUCCUCACAGUUAUUCAGUGCAUCAAGGUUAGGUCAAUCAUUUAUGCACCAAGAAAACCCUAACCCUAGUCCUAACCCUAGCCCUAGUUCUAAUCCAAAUGCACUUCCUCUUCCUCCCUUUCACCAAUCCACUGCUGCUGCUUCCCCUCACAUGUCUGCAACUGCAUUGCUGCAAAAAGCAGCACAGAUGGGUGUGACAAUGAGCAAACCUUGUCCAUCAGAUCAGACCAUGCUAAUUAGGCCCCACCAAGCUCACAUGACUGCGAAGACAACAGCAGAAGCUGUUGGGUUCAUGUGUUCUACAUCAUUGGCCUCAUCUACAGCUGGUUCUGCUGGUCUGGGCUUGUCCUCACAUGAAGAGGUGGGCAGUGGGUUUGUUCAUGGGCUGGCAUCUUUUGGGAAUAAAGCUGUUGCCAACUCUAGUGGUUUCAUGGAACAAGUAGGUGCUCAUCCUUCUUCUGAUCUGCUUCAUGAUGUGAUGAGUUCUUUGUCUUCUACCAGUGGGUUUGAAGGAUCAUCAUUUGAAGACGCGUUUAACGGAAUCCUAAAUCCCAAAAUGGAUAGCAAUUUACAGGCAACACUCACAAAACAAGCAACAGAAGCCCAUUUGAUGAAUAGAAGAUAUAAUGAAGGUGGUGGUGGUGGGAAUGAUGGGUUGACUAGAGAUUUCUUGGGUCUUAGAAGAUUUUCUCAUAGUGGCUUCCCCAACAUGGGUCGGCUUGAUCAGAUGAAUAACUCUUCAUCAUCAUAUGACCAUCAAAAUCAAAAUCAAAGAUCAUGGCAAGGUUAGCCUAGAUUCGACUUUCGAUCGGUAAUUAAGCUUUAUCGAUAUCUCUGCUUUUAUUGCAUUUUGAGUUAGCUUCCAAGGAGGAUGCUAAGGGCCCUCUUUAAUUGUAUUAAACUCAAAAGAGCUCUUCACUAUUCUCCUUUGAUUUUGUAUUUCAGCUUACUUUUGGUCAUAUCAGUCUUCUCUCUCACUGUAAUUUUAUCAUCUAUUCUUCCAUACAAUAUUAGAAAAAUCCUACCUACCAAAAAAUAAAAAAAACGAGAUUUCAACUGCA